GAGAGAUUUCAUGGCGCAUAUCACCAUCACUGUCACUGCCAAAGCCAAGUGGUCGACUUACUCCCACAGAUUAUUAGACUCUUCUGAUCUUAUGUACGUUUUUGGUUUCUCUUUGAACUGGGUUUCACGGGUUAUACGAGAAAUUUCAGCUUCCAUGACCGAAAAGAAGAAGAAUCCACCAGCUAAGUUCUGACAUUUGUUGGGCUUUCUGGAAAUUUUAAUUUUUGGGUCUCUGGAUUAAAUUUUGUUCUUUAUUUCUUCUUUAAGGAGUUGUUUAAUUUAUUUAUUCUUUGGAGAGCUAAUGGCUGUGGCUAUGGCUGCUGGGAGUUUGGGGGUUUGUUCUGGUUUGAGAACUGUUGAAAAUCGUUUUAGUAAUGGGGGUUUUAUGAAGAGGCUUUUCGGAUUGGAUAAUAGCCGAUGUUGGGCUGUUUCCAAGAAAAGAACAUCAUCUUAUACAGGUGUUAUUAUUCCACAAGCUUUAUCCAAAACUGCUGUAGAGGACGGAAGUGCUAAAGAGGCUGAUACAAUUCCUACUCCUAAAGUUAUAAUAGACCUGAAUUCAGAUCCUGAUGCAACUAUUGUGGAGAUAACGUUUGGUGAUCGUCUUGGAGCUCUCCUUGACACGAUGAAUGCCUUGAAAAAACUUGGACUCAAUGUUGUCAAGGCAAGUGUCUUUUUAGAUUCCUCUGGGAAGCACAAUAAGUUUGCUAUUACUAAAGCUGAUACUGGCAGGAAGGUUGAGGAUCCUGAGUUGCUAGAGGCAAUACGCUUGACGAUUAUCAAUAAUCUGCUUCAGUAUCACCCGGAAUCUAGCACUCAAUUAGCAAUGGGAGUAGCAUUUGGAGUUGAGGCCCCAAAGCAACAGGUUGAUGUGGAUAUUGCGACUCACAUAAAUGUCUAUGAUGAUGGUCCAAAUAGGAGCAUGCUUUAUGUGGAAGCUGCUGAUCGCCCCGGAUUACUGGUUGAUCUUGUCAAAAUUAUUACAGACAUAAAUAUUUCAGUUGAAUCUGGAGAAUUUGACACUGAGGGGCUCUUGGCCAAAGCAAAGUUUUAUGUCAGCUACAAGGGCAAAGCCAUCAUCAAGCCCCUCCAACAGGUUCUUGCCAAUAGCUUGCGGUAUUACUUGAGACGGCCAACCACUGAGGAGGCGAGUUUUUGAGCCAUCUAGUGGAAGUCCAUUUUAAUUUUAAGAUCAUAUGCUCCAUGAUCAGCUUUUCCUGCAUUGGAUAAGUAACUGACGAUAGUUGUUUAAUGUUCCCUGCAUAGUUUCUUUCAUUUCUCCUCAUGAAUAGGUCUAUAGAAAUCAAACACAACUUUAGUAUUUUAUCACAACAAUAUGUUGUAACAUUAUAACUAUUCAAUAUAAAUGUUUUACAAUCUUAUUGAUUAAACAAAUACUUUUAUA